CUACUUCCAUCUAAGCUAGGUCGAUCCUCGCAGGACGCCUCAUCUUGUUGGCGAUAAUCCUCGACGCCUUCCAUCCGUGCCACGAUCUUAACCGAGAUACGACGUCACCGAGAUUGUGCAUCGAUCUGACCAACAAGCCAACAAUUACUACGUCCCUGCCCUCGCCAUAUCUAUCAGGCUACACGUAGCCUGAGCUUCGACGACUUCAGGAUGCAUCAAACUCCCCGCGCCCCGCCUCGUACAGCCUCCCCCGCCUUGUCACAACAAACAAAUCCCACAAGAACAAAUAAUCAGAGAGAUCCAGGAAGUCCUGGUUCUGGUCCACCAUCUAGACCAGGCUCUCGAGCUCAGGAGAGGACGUCGACGGGAGCGGGUGGAGGCAAUCGUGGAGAUGGAGGUCCUACUCGUGAUUCUAUUAAGAAAUUAGACCAGAUUAUCCAGAAUAUCUACUCGAAAGCCGGUACCGUAAUAUUACAGACACGCAUGCAAGUAACCCCGAUUCUCGUGGGUAAGUCUCUAGAGAGGAGAACGAGUAGAUGGAUACAGUUUCAACUCGAUACCGACGAUAUUGACGACUUUCGAGAAGAGUUCCGUGUAUGGAAACAAUGCGGCGGAUUUGAGAAUCGCCCACCUCCGUUAGUGAUCGAAACUUACCUUGAUACGACUCGAUUGAAGGGUGGCCAAAGCUUGGUAAUUCUGGAUGAAAAUGGAAAGAGAUGGGAUGUUAUCGAGGCCCUUAACGCUUUCGAUCAGUCUGGCGACGGCAGCUCUGGUCGUCAGGGGAAACCGAUAACCCGCCUUGUAUUAGAGCGAUGGCGUGUUGAGCUAAAAGGAAAACCCCCCGAUCAACUAGAUGACUUUGGUCUACUGCUUCCUACAGUGUACAAGAAGGCAAUUGUCUUGAUGCGAUCGAUAUAUACGACGACAGGCCUCUUGCCCGCCUGGAAGCUCGCUAGGAAUUCUAAAACAAAGGGCACCCAUCCCGCCUUAGCGGUCCGCUGCCGAGUCUUCUCUGGGGAAUCUCCAACGUAUGGAUCCGACUCCCUGAGGAUACCCUUGUUCGCCGGCAGAGGGGAUGUCUCGACCGAUUAUGUGUUUGGUAACCUCGAAGUCCCUGUGGGACGAUUCUACGUUUCUGUGUCUUACCGCAACCACUGCAACUUCCAGGUGGUUGAUUCCGAAUCUUUGCUGAGCUCACGCAUUGAUAUAUCUGAUGACAUGUUCAAGCCAUCGUUGCCCCGUCAUGGCCAUGGACGUCGCGACUCUUAUGCCCCUGAAGUCGGGUCGCUCCCUUACCAUCGGCACGUGCAGAACAUCACAGAAAAUCAGCAACGAUACGGUAGUUUAUCCACGUUUCACGGCGAAGGGCCGAUUGGCACGAGCCCUAUCUCCGCAUUAAAGGCAGUAAAAGCUCCAGGUUCGGACACCAGUUCACCACCGGAUUCUAGACCUGCGAGCAUUGAAGCCCCCCCUCAUACCCUCCCAAUUGCCAACCACGCCCGUCGACCAUCUCUCAGAGGGAUAGAUACCUCGCGACGCCCAUCCGUCUCCUUCCAGUCUUCGCCAUUCAAGCAUGGCUCUCUUUCAGGGUCACCCGCGCUUCGGCCGCAGGACCCUGAUGUUCCACCGUCGCCACAAUCCUUAAACCGCCCUUCAAGUUUUAAUACGCAUGUGAGAAAUCGCUCUUCAUUGACGGCUGGAAUGCCGGCUUCUCUCCGUGGGGCACCACCCCCUGCCCCGGCAGAUAACUCUCUCGCCAGUUCGCCAAGGCCAUCUGUCUCUAAUCGAUUUAGUAGCAGCUUUGGGCAUCGGCGUAGUCGGCCAUCUCUUAGCGGCGCUAGGGUUGAUGAUGACCAAAACAGCAGUGGCAAGCAAAGUUUAUCAUCUUCGGUUGUCCAACCGGGCUCCGGUCUAUUGAACGAGAUUGGCGCUGCCGGUAGUUCCGGAUCUUUCCAAACUGAUGAUGAGAGCAUCCAGAACUUCUUGAAGAUGAUUGAAAGCAAGAAGACAUUAGCAAGUUUCGACUCAUCUAAGAAAGGAGAAUCGGCGACUAAGAGAACGGCGGCUCAGCUUUCGAAGUUUCAACAUAUGCGUGAGUCGAAUAAUGCGCUGACCGAAUCCAUGAACUCGUCUAUGCAGCUUCAACGUUCAUCUAGCUCUUCUAGCCGUCAGUUAGCUAAUGUACCGGGUAUGUCAACAUCAUCGUCCCCGGGAAAGCCGUUAUCACCUCAUACCCCACAUACACCCGCCAUCCCAUCUCGCUUAAGCGAGAACUCGAGUGUCGAUUAUGCACCGACUACAAGAGUUGCGUCGCGGUCGCGCAACGUUGAGGGUCUUCCAGAAGAACCUACGGUCAGUGCACAGGCUACUCAUGAGGGGACGACCGCCAUCGACAUUCCUACAUCGCCAAGGCCUUACCCACAUGCCAGGCGAUCUAGUUCCGUUGCUCACCAGAAUCGUGCAUUAGUUGACGACGACGACAUUGAUGCUCAUCGCAGUAUUAGCCUUGGCGCGGAAGACCGCGAACCUCCCAGUCUUAGUGUUCUAUUGGGAUUAGGCUCUGAUGAGCCAACUAGUGCGGUGGAUACUCCGGGUCUACAAUCUGCUGCUGAUAUUAGGGCAACAAGUCCUCCGGAUAUGCUUGGGCAAGAAUCAGAAUCUGUUGAGCGUGAAGUCCGGCCUCCAGGCGGCCUUUACUCCGGAUUCUCGAGUUCGCCUUACAGCAGACGUUAUGGCAACAAUGCCGGCCGAGGCAUUACGCCUCCCCACUCAGGAAGUGGUAGUCUGGUCGGGUCCAGCGGCAGAUUCGGCAGGGGUUAUUCACGCGGAGGCGCUACAGGCCUAGGUGUGACAGGUGCUGCCGCAGAUGAGCCUGACGAUGAGCCGCUUCUAUUUGAUAUGUCUGAGAUUACUCGUGAGCAAUCUCGUCGCAGCCUCGAGGAAGCCAGAGGUGGCGGAAGUGUAGGGUCCAGUGGCGAUAAGGGAGCCUAUGAGACCAGUCACAGGAGCCGUCGUUGGUAAUGAGGUUAUGGCAGACCUAAUCGUUUACGACUUGAAACGAGUUUGCAUUUUGCAUUUUCUCGCUGCAUAAGAUGUUGUGUAAUGCUUGUAUUGGGUGUGGAUCGACGAUAUAGGAAACUAGGAAACACUCCGGGUGGUAUGGUGCAGAGCUUUCAUUCUUCAGAACACGGGUACGUCCGGAGAUCUAUUACGACUACAGAUUGUCAUCGACAUUGUUAUUUGAUUUUGGAUGAGCCCGGAUGUUUUUGUUUUCAGAGGAGUUUGAAGGCACUAUGGAUGGAAAUGAUUAUUACCAAGGGCCGGAGUCUAGAGCGGAGUUUGAGGUUCAUUAUCAUGACACGCUCGAGGACGACCGUCUGGCGUUUCAUUCGGAAGGGUGAAGGGCAUCACAGAGCGGUUUGGCUUUUCUGCUCUCGGUCGUCCUUUUUUAAUCCGAGGUUAUAGGGUAUGCGGACGGGGUGUUUGCUAUAAGACUAGGUACAUAUAAGGUAGCUCAGGAUGAAGUUCCAGUCGUCUCAUCCCACAGAGCACCUUUAGAUGGAAUAGAAAGAAUAUGGUGAACCACGCCGAGACGUAACUCUUUACCACCAGGGAUUAACCUAGGUUGUAGGUAUUGGCUUGUAUAUUAGGAGCCGGGUAUUUAAACAAAUCUCAUGUCAUAUACACCUGCAUAUAUUAUCAUGAUCUUGUCUUGCCUUGUGUAUAUGAAUACAUGUUACUCG